CAGCGCCUAAGAUUUUCGCUUGUUGUCCAUUCUUCUUCUCUUCAAACAUAUACCUGAAUAUCAUGGAUAACUCAAGCCUCUUCGAUGUCAAGGGCAAGGUCGUGCUUGUCACAGGCGGAGCCAAGGGCAUUGGCCGCAUGAUUAGCGAAGGUUUCGUUCAGAACGGCGCACAUGUAUACAUCUCCUCUCGCGACGUAAAGGCCUGCGAGCAAGCAUGCGAAGAGCUCAAUGCGCUCGGCAAGGGCAAGGCAGACUUCAUCGCCGCCGAUCUGUACAAGGAGGAGGACAUCACCAGGAUCGCAGAUGAGUUGAAGAAAAGGGCAGGAAAGCUCGACGUUCUCGUGAACAACAGUGGCAGCAACUGGGGCGAGUCCUACGACACCUACCCAUCCGCCGCCUGGGAUCGCGUCCUCACACUCAAUCUGAAGCGCGUUUUCCAGCUCACACAAGCUGUCACCCCACUUCUCGAAGCCGCACAAUCCUCCAUCUCGCCCUCAAGAGUCAUCAAUAUCGGUUCCGUCGACGGGCUUCGUGUCCCUGCGCUCGAGACCUUCGCAUACUCCGCCUCGAAGGCGGGUCUGCACCACAUGAGCCGCGUUCUCGCGAGCCACCUCGGCAAGAGGGGUAUCACAAGCAACACCAUUGCAUGUGGACCUUUCCAGAGCAAGAUGAUGAAGGCAACACUUGAGAAGUUUCAGGACGUCAUAGAGAGUGGUAUUCCGCUGGGACGUAUUGGAAGCCCAGAGGACGUCGCAGGAACAUGUAUCUGGCUGAGCUCAAGAGCCGGGUCGUAUGUUAAUGGUGCGACAAUCGCGCUGGAUGGUGGUAGUGUUGUAGGUGCGAAGCUGUAAACUUCCAAGCUGAUGUUAGUCUGUAGCCACCUGCUUUUUCGAUAGCCAGUCUUUCAACUGAGCAUAAAGAGGCGGAUAAUAUCGUGGCCUGCUUUCAGCCUUGCACAUCCUUACACACGGCAAUUUUCAUGAACAUUUUUCCAAC